GGUGCCCACUGGGGACUUGUAGCUGCCCAGCCCGACCAUGGAGAUCCCUGUACCCAUCCAGCCAUCCUGGCUGCGCCGCCCGGCCCCCCUAGCAUUCCCCAGCCUGACCACCCCUACCAGGCUCUUCGACCAGCGCUUUGGGGAGGGUCUGCUGGAGGCCGAGCUGGCUGCCCUCUGCCCUCAGGCCCUAGCACCCUACUACCUUCGGGCACCUAGCGUGGCCCUUCGGGCUGAUCCUGGCCCCGGACAGGUGACCCUGGCCAAGGGGGAGUUUUCAGUGCUACUGGACGUGAAGCACUUCUCCCCAGAGGAGAUCAAUGUCAAGGUGGUGGGGGAGCAUGUGGAAGUGCACGCCCGCCACGAGGAACGUCCGGAUGAGCACGGCUUCAUCUCUCGGGAGUUUCACCGCCGCUAUCGCCUACCAGAGGGUGUGGACCCUGCAGCAGUGACCUCAGCCCUGUCUCCUGAGGGGAUCCUGUCUAUCCAGGCCCCGGCCACCACCCCUGGCACUCAGGCUGCUGAGCGCAAGGUGCCCAUUGCCCAGGGGUCAGUGCCUGAGGCUAAGUAGGCUGCCACAUUCUGACCCUGCUCCCAACCAACCCUCCCCCAUAUUCCGAGCUCUAAUCACCCAUCCCUGACCCCCCUCUCUCCUGUCUUCCCCUCCUUAUUCUCCCCCCCCAGUCCCAAACACUAGCCCUUCUUGCCCAAGGUGCAGCCUCUGUCCUCCUCAUACCCAAGCUGGGACUUCCCUUACCACUCUCCCACCCCCAUCCUUGUCCUUUUGUACAGUCCCAGCUUUGUUCCUCCCAAUAACACCCCCCUCACCCCCAUGCCACACGCUCUGGAAAGGCUCUGCCUCCAGGACCCAAUAAAUGCACCGGGCCUCU